CUCUGUUUCUCUCGAAGAAGAACAUUUAGGAUUUUCAAGACAGCAGCAGCAGCGGACGGUCAGUUAACGAUAUCGCCUGACGGCUCUCUGAGGGCGAAGUAAAGCCAAGUGUUCCGUUUUUUGUGUUUUGUUUUCUUUUGUUUUUUGCAUUUAAGUUGUCCAGAUGUCCGGUGAGAUGGAGGCGAGCAGCGAGGAGCAGCAGGUUCGCUCAUUCAAACACGUUUCGAGAUGCAGGACACUGUUGUAAGUCCAGAAAAAGCUGAGGAGGCCAAACUGAAGGCCCGAUAUCCUCAUCUCGGGACAAGGCCUGGUGGGUCAGAUCUGUUACGAAAAAGACUACAAAAGGGGCAAAAAUACUUUGACUCCGGUGACUAUAACAUGGCCAAAGCCAAGAUGAAGAACAAGCAGCUCCCGACUGCAGCGGCGGAGAAGGAAGAGAUCACCGGAGACCACAUUCCCACCCCUCAGGACCUUCCUCAGCGGAAACAGUCUCUGGUGGCCAGCAAACUCGCCGUCUGAUGCCAUUCCUGCUCUCUCCAUCUCCAUUAUGUUCCCUCAACCAUCAUUUUGUCUUUCUUUUGCUGUCUUUUCUUACUCUUUUUGUCUUCGGCUGUAGAAACGCUCUCAAUAUAAUGUUUUGAUAAGGAAAUGUGUAGAUUGCUGCUACCAGCGCACUUGGAUUUAACCUUACAGUUAAAUGUAUUGCAUCAAUGCCAAGGUUUAAACAUGGUAAUCUGACCGAUUGAGUCAGGUCAGCAUUAUUUUAGGGUUUUACACUUUUUCCGUCUUUUCAACCACUUUUGUUUUUUGUGCAUGUCUUGAAAAAAGACCUGCAUGAAUGGAUAUGGACUGGACUUGAAAUAAUCACAUCCACCUCUUCUGCCAAAACUGUGCCUGUUGGAAGAAAGAAAAGGCCUCGUAGACGUUAGCUGUUUGAAGUUCGUUCGUUGAGAUCUGCUGUUUGCCUCCUACCUGUUGAUUAUGAAAAUGGCCUUAAAACUGUCAGUUCCCCCACACUGAGGAGCGUUGACCUCUUCACUGACUCGUCUAGGUUGUGUUGCCAGAACAACUGAAACGAUUUAUCUGAGCUGUACAAACGUUUACUGUCACAACUGUGCCAUUUGUUUUGUAAAUAAAAUAGUUUUGCACAUGUGCUUUGA